GAGGGGUCGGGUGCCCCGCGGCCGCUGCCCCCUCCCGGCUCUCCUUCCGGGGCGUCAGGGGCACGAGACGGCGCCGGCCUGUCGCGGGGCUGCGGCGGCCGCGUGGACCGGCGCCCGGGGCGGCAGAGCGGGGGCGGGGCCGGGGUUCCGGAGCACAGCCCAGCCGGCCGGGCCGAGGCGCUGGGGCGCCGGGGACGCGUGGUGGGCGCAGGGCAGGGGCGCCGGCCCGGGCGGAGGCUGCCGGAGCGCCGCAGGGCGGUGCUGCAGCCCCCGGGGCGGGGGGGUCUGUCUGGAAUGCCGAGCUGUCUCCGCAGGCCUGGAACUCCGCGCGGGUCGCCUGGAGACGACGCCUCCGCCAGGCCCAGCUCGAGGCCGCCCCCGCGCCCAGGCGCACUUGGCCGCGCGGUGCCCACGGCGCGCCGGGCCUCAGACCAUGCCGGUGUCUGACCAGGCGUUUGUCACGCUGGCUACCAAUGACGUCUACUGCCAGGGGGCCCUGGUGCUGGGGCAAUCAUUGCGGGACCACAGGGCCACCAGGAGGCUGGUGGUGCUGGUCACCCCUCAGGUGUCCAACCUGCUCAGGGUGGUCCUCUCGAGGGUGUUUGAUGAGGUCAUCGAAGUGAACCUGAUAGACAGUGUAGACUACAUCCACCUGGCCUUUCUGAAGAGACCUGAGCUCGGAGUCACCCUCACCAAGCUUCACUGUUGGACACUCACCCGUUAUAGCAAGUGCGUCUUCCUGGAUGCAGAUACCCUGGUGCUGUCCAAUAUCGAUGAGCUCUUCAAUAGGACAGAGUUUUCUGCGGCCCCGGAUCCCGGAUGGCCGGAUUGCUUCAAUAGCGGGGUAUUUGUCUUCCAACCUUCCCUGGAGACGCAUGGCCUCUUGCUGCAGCAUGCCACCGACCAUGGCAGCUUUGACGGGGCAGACCAAGGCUUGUUGAACAGUUUCUUCAGUAGCUGGUCCACAGCAGACAUCCAGAAACACUUGCCGUUCAUUUAUAACUUGAGUAGCAACACGGCUUACACCUACAGCCCUGCUUUCCAACAAUUCGGCUCGAGUGCGAAGGUGGUCCACUUUUUGGGGUCCAUGAAGCCUUGGAACUACAAGUACAGUCCCCAGACAGGCUCUGUUUUGGAGGAGGGCUCUGGGCCUGUCAACCAGCAUCAGACGUCCUUCCUUAACCUCUGGUGGGGGAUUUACCACCGCAGCAUUCUGCCUCUUUAUGAAAACAUCCGGCACGAGGACGAACAGACAUCUCCAGGACACACAGCUCAUCUCGGGGGCGCUGGGGUGCCUUGUUCAAGUUCAGCUCCCACUGCUGAGGGGUCGUGUGCGAAUGCUGUGCCCCACUCCGGGGAGCCCUGUACCAGUUGGGCGGAGGGGCCCCGCCAGCCUUGGCCUGAGAGGACCGUGGUGGUGGUGGAGGAGACCCCCACUUCGCCUGACGCAUGCCCGGCGGAAGAUAUGAUAGGUUGGCCGGAAAUGGAGACUUCCGCUGGAGUGAUGUGUGACCCGUUGUCACCACCCUCCGCCCAAUUCGCAGACUUCACAGAGACCCAAACCAGCUCGCAGCCCGUGGAGAGCGCGGAAGGUGGCCCAUCUGAGGAAGCCUUGGAGCCAAGCCGGGAGCCCCCUGUGGAUGUCACCAAGGACCCCAGUCUCCAGGAUGCUUUGGAGGUGGACCUGGCCAUCUCCGUCUCCGAGAUUUCCCUCGAAGAAAAGGUCAAGGCACUGAGUCCUGAGGAGGAACGGAGGAAGUGGGAGGAGGGAUGCAUUGAUUACCUGGGGAAGGAUGCGUUUGUCCGGAUUCAGGAGAAGCUGGACCGCUUCCUGCAGUGACGGUGCCAUUGCAUUGGGUGGUCCUGUUCCAUGAACAUCUCGAGUCCUUUCCAAGGGAAAGACUCUUCAAUGUGCCUCCCUUUAUGGUUGACCAGCUUGAGUGCCUCAUGUCAGUCACGUGGUCCAUCCAAAACCCAGCUCAAAGGCCUGUGUGACCCCAGCUACCCAUGCCUCCUGGGGGUUCCCCAGGAGGUUGCAUCUCCUUUACACCUUGUCAGCAAAAGGGAAUAGGAAUAACCUUCUGGUCAACCCUGGGUCUCUGGUCUUGCUUGAAGGAGCUCAGGAUUCUGUCCUGGAAAGGUGCUGCCGUGUCCAUGCUACAUAGGGUUAGAUGUCAUUGCAGAGCUUCUGGCAUUGCAGAGCUCAUAACACGAGGAGCGGUAUUGAGUGCCCUGGGAACCUUCAUUGAGUGCCCUGGGACUUUGCAGAAUGAAAAGUCCUUUCCGUGAAGACUAAGCAAAGGUUCGGAUGUCUUGAGUGUGACUCCAGUGUGGACGUUUCCGAGCAUGGCUGAGAAACACCACAGCUGUGGUUCCACUUCGGCAAAAAUACCCAAGAGGACUUCCAAGUGCGUUGACAGAUGCCCCAUGGAGAUGUGUCAGAGAGAUUUGGAAGGAAGAUUCCAGCUGGCUUGGGAGAGGUGACCUCUUCCAAACUGGUUGACCUACUGGUGUAGAAGAACCAAGGGUUUUCACUGAGGGGUGUCUGGUGGCCAUGCGCUCACCAUAACUGGAUCUGGUUGAGGCUGUUUGUUCCGAGGCAAACCCGUGUGCGGUCCAGGACGCCGGGCUGCCCUUCGCUGGGUCACGCUACCUCACUUCACAGUAUGGACUUACUGUGCUCUCCAAGCCAUGUCAGCUCAGUUCUUUCGGGACAGUUCUCCGUUUGAUGACACUAGACACUUUAUCCCAUGAGAAAGCCUCACCUCCAGAAGCAUCUGGAAAUGAAUGCCGUACGUUGGAGCUUCUCCCAGGGUCAUUGUUGGUUGCCACCAUAGGAUAAUUAAAGCUGGAUGUCAGUCGCUAUACUGAAGAGAAGGAAAUGCAGUUUUUAAAUGUUUGAAUGGUUUAUCACACGUUUGCAAUUGGAAAUCAUGAGUUCAUUAGACACAGGUUUGGAAGAAGCUUGAGAAGGCUGUGCUCAAAUCCAUCUGAGAUCUGGGUGGACUUCUGGGGUUCGUUGUGGCAUUCACUUGUGUGAGGUGUGAGCUAUGGAGGGGUGGUUUCUUUUUAUCUAUGGGUGAAUGAUCGGUAGUCUUGGUUGGUUUCACACAUACGAUGCUUCAGGGGCUGCUUGGAAAUAGCCAUAGGGAUGUAGUCCUAGGGUGGGUUGGAUGGGGUGGUCACCCACCAUUAGAGUUAUCCCAUAACUUCGUGUUGGGGGAAGAACGUCUGUGCUCUGUGCCAUAGUGUUGGGCUAGAAGAAACGGAAGCCUGAGUCUGGCAUCCGUGAGAGGAGGAUUCCAGAAGAUGAACAUCUGAGUCCAGUCCAGCUUCUCCGGAGAAGAGGAUUCUCCAGUGCCUAUGGUCGAUUGCUCGUUGGCUUAAAGUGUACGCUUAAAAUGGACUUCUGUUGUGCAUUCUAGGGUCUGUCCUCGCGUUUGGACAAAGGCUAGCACCCUGCAAUUAAAAUUUUAAGACAGCAAUGGGGUCUCCUCCUGAUGUGUGUUGGGGUGUGUUCUGAGCCAUUGGAAUAACACAGGAAUGUGACGCCUUCGUCCUGCCGUAAAUUUAAAUAACCAAAUGGGUUUUUUCAGAAUUGAUGGUAGCAGUAAAAUGACUAGAACGCUUUACUUCUUAGCCUCGGAAAUCUCAUAAGUUCUCUCUAGGCAUACUGCCCACUUUCCUAGCAUUGACUUCUCAAUUUCACCCAUCCAUCCUUUCACCCAUCCAUCCAUCCACCUAUCCAUCAUACAUCCAUCAUCUAUCCAUCCCUUUGUCCAUCCAUCCAUCCUUUCAGCCAUCCAUCCAUCCAUCAUCCAUCUAUCUGCCCAUCACAUGGUUUUUUGAGUUCUCUCCAUAUGGCAGGCACUCUGGCAUGUGCUAAAUCAAUACAUGAGAACAUAUAAGAACCUGUAAGAACAUUUUAAUGACGUCUAAAUAAUAUCCAUCCAAGAGGUGUAAUACGAUGUUAUUUCCUGAAGAAUGCCAAUGCCAGAAUCCGUGCUGUGUGAUGUCAGGACUGCAGAAUUACAUAAGUUGAAUCCUUGAGAGAUGUGAUUUGACCUAUACUAUCACUAAUAUUUUGGUACAUAGGAGUUUUUCAAAAAAAAAACAAUUGUUCUAGAAAUAUUAUCCAGUUAUUUUGGGGCAGGAUGAAAUGGCAGGUGAAGAAAAAGCAUUUCCAGGUGUAUUGACCUGGCCAGCUGGAUUAAGGUGUGUAGAUUUACAGGAACACAGCAAGUAUUUUUGUUAUUCAAAGUCACUUGGUCAAAUCCUGGUGCUUGAAUGCACAUGAGUUAUCCUAAUGCUAAUGAGUUUUGGUGUGGAAAUGCAAACAACUUGAACUAAAAUGGGGUUUCUUUUAGCCACCACACCUGAAUUAGGAAAAGUAGACCAAUUCUCCUUCCCGAUUUCAUAGAUCUCUGCCCUUCGGAGUACCACACCAUUUUUACCUUAGUGCCUUAAGGUAAUGUCUUACAUACCACUAAUGUCUUAUAUACCAACUCUUUCCAUCAUCCUAAGAAACAAAAUUGGAAUAUUUUUUGUUCGGGUUUUUUUUUUUUUUGAAAUUUAUUUAUUUUAUACAGCAGG